GAAGCGAUUUUGCCUUCAGUAAAAACGCAACAUAGCAGUGUGGUCUUUAAGUCUGCAUUUAUCCCUUCAUUUUUACCUUUUGGACCUAUUUGUCUGUCGUAUGAAAAUCUAAACGUGCUUAAUUCUUGAGUCAGGAUUAACUCAACUCGUCUCAGUGAAGGUUGGGACUUCUCCGGCUUCGCUUGCUAGUUAGCUUAGCUUAGCUUGUUAGCUGCUAACAAAGACGGGCGGAAGUGAUCAAAACACAUCGUUGAGAAGAGAUCAAGUACGUCGGUGAAGAACAUCUUCCCCCUGAGCAGCAGGAGUGGAGCUUCAGGAUGGAGCAGGAGCAAGCCCGCCGCGUUAAGGAGGAAGAGGAGGAGCCACAGUCCCCUCGCGUUAAAGAGGAAGAGGAGGAACACAGCAUCAGUCAGGAGGAGUUUGACAGACCUGAGGGUGACCACGUCAUCCGUGUCAUUGUGAAGAGUGAAGAUGGUGAGGUCAAAGGUGAGAGUGAGGAGAGGAAAGAGGCGGAGCCUCCGAGCAGCAGCUCAACAGAAGCUGAUGAAGACCACUGUGGAGGAUCACAAGCAGACAAGCUCUUAGCUCCACUAUCAGAUAGUGAGGACACAACGUCACACUCUCCUGACACUGAUGAUGAAGACUCUAAAGAUGAUAAGACGCGUCACGCCGACAACACUCACUUCACGUGCUCCCUCUGCGACAAAAACUUUAAUCAGCAUUAUAAUCUGAAGGUGAAACUUUCCUAUGGAUCAGAGUGCAGUGAAGCCAACAUGAAUCCCUACCAAAUGUCAACCAGCAGGUUUCGCUGCCAUCGACUCCCCUGAGACACUGUGGAGACACCCUUCCGACUAUCAGGUACUAUUUAACUCACUAAAACACUAGCAGCACAAUAGAAAGAUAAGGGAUUUCCCAGAAUUAACCUAGUAAAUGUGUCUAAAAACAUCAGAAUCCGUCCCAAUGCAAUCGCGUUUUUUUUUGUUUUUUUUCUAGUCCGUCGCUGUCAAUAUCCUCAAACACAAAUCUUUCAUCCUCGCUCAAAUUAAUGGGGAAGUUGUCGUUUUCUCGGUCCGAAUAGCACUUUUUGUUGGAGGCUCCCAUUAAAAACAAUGUGAAUAUGUGAGGAGCCAUCAAACAUGUGACGUCAUCGUCUGCGACUUCUGGUAGAGGCAGGGCUUUUCUCUUAGCACCGAAAGUUGCGGACUUUAUCGUGGAUGUUCUCUACUAAAUCCUUUCAGCAAAAAUAUGGCAAUAUCGCGAAAUGAUCAAGUCUGACAAAUAGAAUGGACCUGCUAUCCCCGUUUUAAUAAGAAAAUCUCAUUUCAGUAGGCCUUUAAGUACCAGUGUAAGAAACAGAAGUCUGCUGGUGAGAAGCAGAUGAAGCUGCAGGAUUUGAAAUAAACGAUUAAAACUGUAAUGUUAACUUUCUAACAUCGGCACAUAUAACAUGUGUGACAUCAUUGUUGUGUAUAUAAGAAAAUAUUGUUAAUAUUCUACCAUUUAUAUAUUAUAUAUUUUAGAUUAGUGUUUUUGAUGUAUUAAUAUGCAACAUUGUCUCCAUACUGUAUAUUUGAAAAUAAACAAUUUGCUGUAACAGAAAACAGUAUAGGAGGUUGCCCUCCACGGGGUUCUUCGGACCACCAAUCAACGUCAUGAGAGCCCUGAUCAGGGUUACAAUACAGUUUUAUUUUAUUUUUCUGUCCGUGUUUGUCCCGCUCUCACUCCAGCUCCAACUCCGUCUCUCCUCCUGACUGCUGCUUACAACAGAGGGACGGGUGAUUAGAUAACAAGGCCCAGGUGGGUCGUCUACGCACCUGUCGCUGAUUUCGAGGCCGGUCCUGGCACACCCCGCUUCGCUGCAGGCCUGCAGGCAACGCCCCCCUGUCAAAUUCAUUAGGUUUUUGAAUAAGAUUGAUCACAUUUUGGAAUUUAGAUUUAUUAUGAUUAAUCACAGGGCACUACUCGAGUUUAAUGGUAAAAUUAGCAUCAGAAAAGACCCCAAUAUUUGUAAAGAAAUGUAAUUUUAUUUUGAAGGACCGUUUUUAAACAUUUCACUUGAACGCAUGUCAUUUGUUUGCACAAAACAUGGUAGCAAAUUUGCCUGAAAUUCUUUCAGGAUGUGUUUUGGAGUGAAAUUUGCCAGUGGGGGGUCUUCUCACUCAUUUCUGU